CAGGCAAGUUGAAGAGGUUCAUAGCCUGUCAUGGGCAGGCAGGGUGUGGGUGUGGGUGUAAUUGUGUGUUUGUUUCUUUUCAUCCACACCCACACCCGAAUAGAAUCUCGCAAUCUGAUUGGUCAAUUUUUCAACCAAUCAGAUUUCAAGAGGCUUUUUUUCUUAUUAUCAGCAGCGGCGUAAACAAGUGAGAUGCAAAUGGGCAAUUACCCAUUUCAUUUGGAGGUUUGUCUAUUGAAAUUUUACUUUUUUAGAAUUGUUUAUUUAUUUUUGAAUUAGAUAGCAACUGUAUUUUUGUUUUUACUCCAUCUGAAUCACACCUGCUCUCUUUGCUUGUUCUUUCUGUAAAGAAUGAAGAAAAACAGAAGAAAAGAAUCGAUUCUUGCAUUUUAACUAAGUUUGGGCGAAUGUGAGUUUGGUUUUAUGGGGAAAAUACUAACCCCAUAAAGGUAGAGACGGAUAGAUCAAAGAGAAGAAAAACAAGAGUACAGAGCAGAGAACAUACACGAACAUAUCUAUGUGUAGAUAUAUAUAUAGAAAUAUAGAGAGAAAGUAACGCAUAUAAGAGAAAGGAAAAAUCCAAUGACGUAUAUGCGAAAAUAUAAUAGAAAAAACCAAGAGGUAAAAUGACUUAGUUUGUAGAGAAAUGCUCAUAGGUGAUGCACAGUCACAUAUUCAAAGAAUCCACAACAUCAACGUAUGCUUGUUUUUUUCUUGCUCGUCCAUAUGUAUGUGUAUACUUUUAUAAUACAUUCGCUCUAUUAUCUUCUCAUUUUCGAACAGAAUUCACAAUAAUAAGCUAUAUACUAAUACUAAGUAGUUCAGUUUUUGUUAUUCUUCCAUGAUAGUUUGAAUAUUCUUAUAUUAUUACGAAAACAACAGGCUCAAGAUUAUUUUCAUAAUGUUGUUUAUAGUCAUGUUGGUGAAUUAUGUAGAGAACUAUUUGUCACACUAUCUAUUCCGUGUCAUUCAAUAUUAGCUCUGCGAAAAAAGGUAUGUCCAUUUGUGAUUUAGAAAAUUUUUAUUGUGAUCAUGUUUAUUUACUACUUAUUCUCAGACGAACUAAUUAAUAACAUUAAAAGUCGAUUAUCUGGCUUAAAAAAUGGGCGAAUUAGUUUAUUAAGUAAAUUGUGACUGGAAGUAAUUAUAAAUGAAAAACCAUUUGAACUAACAAAACAUUUAUCGAAAUAAUUCGCUGAUCGUUUAAUAUCAUCAUUACAAUUAAAUUCUGAAUUAGAAAGAUGGUUAAAAUAAUAUAAUGAUUUGCUUAAAAUGGAUGAUGACUGGAGAAAAAAAUGCUUAAAUGAACUAAAUAAAGAGACGGGAAAUGUAUUAUAUCCGAAUGUUCAUUAUUUAUUAAUUUUCUAGGCAACAUUGUCUACGUCAACAGCUUUUACUGGAAGAAGUUUCAAUCAAUUAUCGAGAACUAAAAGUUAUUGUUGGCCUAUAAUGAAACAAAAUAGGCUAAACGGACGUGCUGCUACAUACAUGCAUAAAGGUCUCAAUAUAACUCCAAAUGGAAAAUUGAAAUUAUAUAUACAAAUACAUUAUCGUCGUUUUGAUUUUGGUGUUUGA